CAAACCUGCUGGAAGUCAGAGUCCAUGAUGCAGUUUUUCUGCUGGCAUGUGGGAGUGAAGAUGAGCCUGGGAUUUCUGUGCCUCUUUCUGGUUUUCAGUACUGCUUCAUGCAUAAGAAGAGAAAAGAGAGAGAAGCAAGUGGCAGUGCUGGCUACAGCAGAGCUGCCAGCAAAGUCCUUGGAUCUGGCUGCUAUUAACCUGACAGAGCUGGUGAAUAGUAUGCUGAGCACAGCCCUCAAAGGUACCAAAAAACUCUUCUCUUUGCUGAGUGUCACAUCUUACAGCUCCUUUGCCUUCCACAAAGUGUCAGUCACCAUUUAUAACAUUUCUAACGUGAAAAAUGUUGACCCUGGCAAGUUCCCUAUGCAUUACUGCUACUGUUUGAACAACGUGACAAAUGACUUGACAGAUUUUACAGCUUUACUUGUUGAUAUUGUCGGAAACUCCACCAGCUAUCUCACAGAGAUUUUCAAAUCCAGUUCUAUUCUCCCAGUGCGUCAGAGCAAUGAUUCUGAUUGUAUCUACAUCUGUGUGAUGACAGGACAGACAGGGAGAAAUUUGUCUGACUUUUGGGAAAUGCUGGAAAAGUCUCCUGUUGUUAAUUACACAUUUUCCAGCAAUGCAUCUUCUGACCUGGACCUAGAUUCGGUUUUUUCAAGCUUCGUGAAAUUGCAGGAAGACUCAAACAAAACACUGGCUGCAUCGACAGAACAUGUGUGGACUUCAAAAACUACCAGGAUCCCUCUUGUCCAGAAAAAGGAGGAAAUCCCCACCACGAGGUUCUCGGCAUGGCCAAAGACUGCUGGAGCAAAAGGAUCACUGCAUGUGGAUGAUUCCAGACCAGGAGGCACAGCCAUACCCCCUCCAACUGCUGGGAGGAGCUUAGCCCUGUUGCCAGCUCUGCAGCCCAGCACCACUGACAUGGACAUGUUUUGGAUGCAGACAAUGUCUCCUCAAGAAACCAGCAAAGUGAUGCAAACAGAGCCAGGUUUGUCUUCCUCAGUACUUCCUUUGCCACCACACAAGCCUGGUGUGUCACUAAAACUGUACUCAGCUACCCGGUGCCCACAGGCGAUCCUCAAAGAGUCCCGUGUGACCUCACCUCCUGUCACUCUUAUAGUUCAAAAGAUCAAUCCCUGUGUGAUGGAGUUGUGUAGGUUUUUUCAGCUAUGCCUCUGUGUUGGUCAGAGAAGAUAUUCCAGGAAGGAAGCUAUGAGGUACUGUGUUGAAUACUAUUCCUGGUUCUUGAAUAAUGCAAGUUAUGUCUGUGAAAGAGUCAAAAGACUUGCUUACUCUUACACAUUAAAACAAAAAUGCCUUAAAAAUAUCUGUGCGUCGCUCUAGAGCACUGAAGAAUUCUACUGCAAAUUGGAAGAUCUGUGGCAGUUUUAUU